CUUGAUAAUCAUGAAAUUAAUCUCAUAUCUUGUGUAUUUAAUAUUUUUCAGGUGAAUUUCUACUUUUUGCAAUUUUUCAACAUUAAUAUCGAUUAAAUUAACUAAAGAUGUACUUAAACCGGAGAAUCCAUAAAGAACCAGAAACCAGUAACCAGUUCAAUGGCAGCAUGGAAUACAGGACAAUUAGGACAUGAUUUAUUGGCAAAAGAACAAGAGAAGCUGCUUAAUCCAAUCCAAGUAGCACCACUUAAUAAGGAACAGAACUUGAAGGAAAUUGUAAGAAAAUAUCAGGAAAGUCAAUGUUACAAUUAUUCUGUAUUUCUGGGUGAAUUAGGACAGCUUGGUUAUUGUACGCUGCCUAUAGAAAUGCCGAUAAUCCUAGAAAUUGUACCAAAAACACAAGCAAACGAUAGAGCAUGUGAGACUUAUGCUGAACAUAGACAACGAAAUAAGCGAGAAAAUAACACAAUUGAGUACGAAAAUGGAAAUGCCAAUAAGAGAUUCAAGGAUGAUGACGGAUGGGGUGAUGAAUCAGGCACUGUACCAACAAAAUCAGGCUGGGGAGAAGAAGACAGUGGCAAAACUUCCAAUAAUAAUAAGCCAAAUCAAACCCAAUCAACUUGGGAUGACGACGAUAGUAAAGUCAAGCGAUAUCGUAGCAAAAGCGAUAAUCGUAAGAGCUUUAAUCCUUCAAAUCGUAUGCAAACAGGCUGGUCUGAUGAAGAAAAUGAUCAAUCGAAAAAUAAUAAUAGAUUUGGUGAUAAUCGCGGCUAUAAUGACAGAUUUAAUGGCAAUAAUGAUCAAGGCUUUGAAAGACGUGUAGGAGGGAAUAAUGAUCGAGGCUUUCGUGGACGUGGUAGAGGAAGAGGCCGUGGUGGACAAUGGAAUAGAAAUGACAAUAAUGACCGAUACAAUAAUAAUAACAGCAAAAAUAAUGAAACUGCAGCUGCAAGUGGCUGGUCAGAUGAUGAAAGCAAGUCAAAACCUGAUAAUAAGAACAAGACAAAAAUUGAUCCUAUUGAUGAUUGGGACAAUGCUGAACCAACUAUAAAGCAGAAUUCAGUUCCUGACCAGAGUUUAACAACAAAUCCAAAUGCAACGUCAAAAGUUGCUGAUGAUGGAUGGGACGACAAGUGACUGUGUCGACCACGAUAAUUGAAUUAAUUCGAUAUUAAUUACUUUAACUUGAUUUUUUUUAAGACGAUACGCUAUAUAAGAUUUUGUUUAUUAACUUCUAAGAGAAUUUACGGAAGUUUCUUAUAUUUUAUAUGAAUUAAUGUUUACGAUAAAGAAUAUAUUAAAAGAU